AAUAUUAUGUGUUUGCGGCGUAAUAGCGUUUUUGAUAUUCAAGUUGCACUACAACUAUACUACACAAGUGCCACACUUUCACAACACUAGGUUUUUCAUUUCGAACAGGACAAUUGUAUGGUAAUGAACUGUAUGUGGUUUACCGCAGGAAUAAAUCUAGUGUUUAAUAUACUGAGUGUAAUGCACAACAUCAGUUCAUGGAAUUAUUUAAUCUGGCUGUAAGCUUUGGUACAAACUACAAAGUACCAACUACGAGAAUUUCAUCAAAGUUAAUAUUAUUUUAUUAUUCAAUUUUAAUAUAUCAGUACGUAAAGCUAAAGCACUUAAGUUUAGUUGAGUGCGAUCAUUUUCGUGGUGAUUUAUUUUUUAAUUUGUAUUCAUAACCGCGGUCACUCUCGUUUGUUGGUGGCUGCAGCGCUCGCUCUACCGACGAUAAAUGACAACGACCCUUCUUCUCCCACUUAUCUACCUACGUAUAUUUUUGUUUGUUUAUUUACUAGUUUCUUGAUUUUUCUAUCUGCGUCCUGCGUGUUGCUGCCAUUGUUUUGAUCAGAUGUGUGUGUUUACUGAAUCCUGUGCCUUCCAGUGAAGUAUAUCUUGUACCAAAAGAGCCCGUUUGCUGUUCAAUAUAGUCGUAAAUAUUAGAUUUUUAAUAUACGAUUGAAGUGGUGAUACAGUUGUAAUGUCAGCCGGCGUUUCUGAACAGGUGAAAUAUAACCAUUAUUCUUACAUAGGUACUGACUGUUGCAAUUGGUACAAUCUAUAAUAUUUCGAUAUUAUUUUUGUAUUUAUUUGUCAUGUUCUAUGUACUCGUUCAGCGUGUCAAAGGACAAGGAAACCAAGGUAAAUAUACUUUAAUAUUUUUCGCCUUUACCUAUUUCAAAUAAGUACAUUUCUUGUAGGUACUUAGGUAACCAAUUCAUCUGAAUAAUUUAAUAAAAACAUUCUAAAAUUCGGUUUUGUUUACAACUAAGUAUUAAAUAUUAAUCUUAUCAGCAGAUAUAAAUAUAGAAGUGUAGGUACUUACUUUGUUUAAUAUAACAUUUAAAUAAGUACCUACUGCAUAGGUAGUCUUAAUUGGUUUAUAUGUUUAAUAGUUAAUGGGCAAAAAGAUUAUAGUAAAGUGAAAGAACGUGGACAAUUUGAAACCGUUUGGCGUCCACAAGUUCUGCAUCCACUACAACAACAACAACAACAACAACACCAACAACAACAACAACAACAUCAACAUCAACAUCAACAUCAACAACAGCAACAACAACAACAACACCAGCAACAACCUGUAAGGAAUACUUACUUACCUAUUAUCUUAAAAACCUUUCCGUAUGUCCAUGUACAAUUAAUUGUUGGAUAUUUUAUAAGUUUUUAUCUGUAUCAAUAUAUUGUAGUUAUAAAAUUUUAUAUUAACUUUUUAGGGCUAUAAUAUGUCACCAGAGCAAUAUUAUCAAUAUCAAAGCGCUGCUUCGUAUCCGUAUCCAGCAACUGGUUACAAUUUAGCCGAUAGAUCUUGGUCUAAUGCUCCUGAAGCUGUUGCAUAUGUUGGAGGAUAUUUGCCUAAUCCAGAGUCUUAUAAUCAACCCAAUAUUUUUAAUGCUCAAUAUAGUCACCCUACUCCUAUUCCUGGCUAUAAUUAUUACCUUGCUCAAAAGCCGUUUGAAGGAUAUUACAGAGGUGGAGAUCAAAUGUUUGGAGUUCCUGUAAACGAACAAAUAAAAACCAUUGAACAAGAGGUACAAGCAUUGAGUGUAAAUGAUUAUCGGGACAAUAGUAACUUUGAACAGAAAAAACCUAUAACGUGGGCUACUGCUGCCAAACAACCAGUCAAACCUAUGAUAUCAUUAACCUCUUUGACUAAAAAUAAAGGUCUAGGUGUGCCUCCUCCUAUGAUAUCUAUAAAAAAUGAUAGCCACUGGGAACCAAAAAGUAUAAUAGCUAAACCUCCUCCUUCUCCAGUUGUACAAGUCCAGUUACCACUUGUUCAAACUCGCACAAUUGUGGAAACAAAACCUCAAAACUGGAAUGACAACAGAAAUUCUUAUAAUCCUCCUAUAGCUGAAAUUCCUACUCACAUUCCUCCACCAGACCAUAUCAGACAUGUUCCACCUCCUCCUAUAAUUAUGUCAUCACCACCACCACAAGUGUUGGCUUCUCCUAUAGAAGAAAAGCCUAAGCGUCAAAUAAUUGACGAAUUAAAGAUGAAAAAUCAUUAUAAUCCUGUUGAAUAUUCUAAUCCUCCGGAAGGAUCAAGAUUUUUUGUUAUAAAAUCUUAUUCUGAAGAUGACAUUCAUCGGUCAAUUAAAUAUGAGAUAUGGUGCUCUACUGAUCACGGAAAUAGACGAUUAGAUCAAGCAUUUGGUUCAUCAGAGAAGAAAAAGAUAUUUCUUUUAUUCUCGGUUAAUGGUUCUGGUCAUUUUUGUGGUGUGGCAGAAAUGAUAUCAACUGUUGACUACAGUUCUUCUAGUUCAGUAUGGUGCCAAGAUAAAUGGAAAGGGCAAUUUGGUGUUAGGUAAUUAUAAAUUAAAUGUUUUAUUAAUUUGGUAGUUUGUAUAAUUAAAUUUUUUUUUUUUCAGAUGGAUAUAUGUAAAAGAUGUGCCUAAUAGCCAAUUAAGGCAUAUUCAUUUGGAGAACAAUGAUAACAAAUCGGUGACUUAUUCUAGAGACACACAAGAGGUUCCUUAUAAUCAGGGUGUACAAGUAUUAAGAAUAAUACACUCUUAUAAACACGAAACCUCAAUUUUUGAUGACUUUCAACACUAUGAAAACUUACAAAAAUUAGAAGAUAGUAAAAAAAGUGCCGCACAUCUUCCUCCAUCGUCACAUUCAACAAUUAAAAAAUAUAAUCAAAAUGGACCGGCCAAAUUUUUAAACGAUAACCGACAAAACCAGAGCUAUUAUAAUAAAGUAUGUUAAUUUUGUUUCUUUAUUUGGCACUUUUAUUCUUGAUCUUUUAUUUUUAUAGGAUUGGGAAGGUAAACAAAAAGAAAUACAAAUCGAAGAUAGAGAAAAUGUUCGUUUUCCUCAAAAGUUUGAAAACUUCAGUCAUAGCCAUCGAUCAAAAAUUGAAAUCCAUAAAGGACGCAAUGAAAACUAUAGUAAAGAAGAUAAUUUUUCAGACAGAAGUCAUCGUAGUGAUCAAAAUAAAAUUCGGAAUGAUCAGCAUCGUAAUUGGGAUGAUAAUUAUAGAGGUGGUUACAAUUACAAUAGGGGGCGCAGAGGUAGGGGAGGGCCCUCAGUUUUUAUUAAUAGUAAUUUGAAACAAACUCCUCGUAGCAAUGAAUAAAAUAUUAAGCAAAUGUCUUUUUACCCCGUUAAACAAAAACAGUUAGUAGAACAUUGUUUAAUCCUACGUUCCUAAAUUAUUUGAUUAACAUUUAUUAUUACUUUUUUUUUUCCAUCAAUAUAUGAACAUAGAUUAUUCAACAUUCAACUUCAAUUUUGUUAACAAUUUUUACACUGAUUGAUGGAAUACGAGUCAUUUUAAUACUCAUAUCUUGAAUAAUUGUAAAAUUAUCUUUAAUUAACAAUAAUAAAUCAUUUUUUAAAUUAAUUAUAUUUUUUUAUUGUUUUACAUUUUAAAUUUUAAGUUUAGCUCUUAUUAGGUUAUAAUAACAAGUUUUUCCACACAUUAUGACUGGUCUUGUCCAGUUAUAUGCUACUCACUUUCAUAAUAUAAUAAAAAUAUUGAAGUACCUAAAUCUUGUUAUUUUGUUAAUUGUAUAGUUAUAAAAAAGUAUGUGUGUUAAUAAUUUGGAUCUUCAAUUUUUUGAAGUUAUUUUUAAGUAAAGCAGCAAUAUUAAUUAACAACUUGCCUCGCUAUAAAAUUCUAAUAUUGUACAAUAUGGUGUAUUUCAUGUACUUUUGGUACAUAUGCUACAUAAAAUUGGCUUUUAUCUUAACUAACACAAAUAACAAGUUAAGUCACUAAGUAGCACAGCUUGUGGGCCUAUGUAUAAUGUAUAUUAUAAUGAUAUGAUAACAGUGAUUAUUGAUUAAAUCGCUGGUGGGAAAAAUGGUCUGUGUUACAAUACAUUUGAAUUUAAUUUGUUUUGAUAAUAUCUGUUUUAGGUAUACUGUAGUUGUGUUCGAAACAGCAAUUUGUGUUGGUCCACAGUAGAUUAUAGGAAAAAUAUGCUAUGUGGGACAUUGAUUAUAUAUUUAUGCCAGUUUUGAUAAACACACAAGUUAUUAAAGUCACUAUGUGUGAUUUAUACGCAGACACUAAUUUUUUAAAAUCAUAAGUGAUACCAUUCAUUGUAUUACAGUAUGUACUAUUUAUUAGAAUUAUAAAUAAAAUCGCGAUAAAAUUAAAUAAGUACGACAGCAAUAUCGCAGUUAAAAGCAGAUUCCUUAUAAACAUGGUUGCUGGCUUUCAAUUUUUGCUUUUAGCAUCUAUUAAUUAAGUAUAUGAUAACCGGAUAAUGUGAUAUUGAUAUAAUUACAUUACAAAACGAUGUACGUAUCACAAAGUUGCUAACAUACCUAUUUAUUUUGUCAUGCAUAAAAUAUUGAUUUAUAUUGAAAUCGUCUAUUAGUUGAUUAAGAGCUUUCAGAUUCUGAACUACCAAAAAUUAUUAACUAACAAUUUA